AUGGCCCAGCGCCGGCUCCUCGAACACCGCCUGCAGCACGAGCCGCCGCCACGCCGACCGGCUUCCGACGAUGCAGCUGACGAGCUCGCGCUGGAACAGGUCGAGGUACGCACCGACUCCAUGGCCGAGCUCGCCGCCGCUGGCCUUCGCGGGCGGGAAGUGCGAGAGCGUCAACGGCGCGGUGAAUGUCACGACCGGUGUGCUCGGCGCCGCGCGGGGUGCGGAGGCGACGCCAUCACAGCGCCGGCCCGUGUUGUUGCAGUUGUGGCACGUCGGCCAGGUCUCAUCGCAGCGAACUUUGCGGAUCCUGGCGAGAAACUUGCAGGUCCGGCAGCCGAGUUUCGUCCACUUGUACGGCCUCCUCGUCAAUUGCCGUGCCCGCGUCGAUGCGUCUACUGUCUGCUCGGAGCUCAUCUUUUCCGCUCUCUCCCUCCCAUUGACCAAGGUAAUCCGCCAUGUACAAGUACAUGA